AUGGGUCUUUGCAAAUGUCCAAAGCGACGAGUUACAAAUCAAUUUUGUUUUGAACACAGAGUGAAUGUUUGUGAAUAUUGUAUGGUGACGAAUCACCCUAAGUGUAUAAUACAAUCAUAUCUGCAGUGGUUACAAGACAGUGAUUACAACCCUAUAUGUGAGAUAUGCACCAAAAGUCUAAGCGAAGGUGAAUGUAUCCGCCUAACUUGUUAUCAUGUAUUUCACUGGACAUGUGUGGAGUCACGAUACCGAGCCUUGCCACGCACGACGGCACCAGCUGGUUACCAAUGUCCAUCAUGUGCUACUCCAGUGUUUCCACCAUCCAACCUAGUUUCCCCUGUGGCUGAAGAGCUCAGGGAAAAGUUGGCAGGUGUCAACUGGGCAAGAGCUGGAUUAGGUCUACCUUUGCUAUCAGAGGACCAAGAUAUGAAAGGCGCUGCUGGAAGACGCAGUCAAUCUCCUAUAGAUCAUUCUUCAUACUACACAAGUACAGUGGACAGCCAGCGAGGUACUCCAGUUGGUGCGAGUGAUGAUGAAUCUACAAGCCGUUCUGUAAAUGGCACACCUCAUUCCAUAGUACAAAUUUCUGAUGAGCCUGUCAAUAUUUAUGACAACACUUCUAUUAAGAGGACUGACAGUUUACAAGGUGGUCAGGCUCCAAGGAAAAGUAUGAAAUCCAAUGACCUACCAAAAAUUGCAAGCAACUUCGAUCAUGACGAAAAUAAAUACAAACAGAAGUCUACAUUUGCUUGGAUCAGCAGAUGGUGGAAGAAUUCGCUCCCAUCUUCUCGAGUGCGAAGAGCUGGAGGUAUAUACAGGCGUUACUGGAUUAUGCUGUUUGUUUUCAUAGCAGUUGUUAUAGUCUUACUACUGCUUAGUCACAGAGAUGUUGAUGAGGAAAAUCCUUUUGGUUUCAUUCAAGAAGAUGGUAGGAGGGUUCUUCAGAAAAAUUAG